ACUGAAAAUUAUUAUGUUACAGCAAAUAUUACACUAAAAUGUCUGAAACAAUAACAAAAAUAUUAUUUAAUAUAAAGCUAAACAAAAUUAAGGUUUAUUUAUCAAAUAUCAGCUUUCAAAUCGUAUGAAUGACCGCUAUCAACAUUUUCAAUAUCAAUUGAAUCCAAUUAUCUAUAUUGUAAUAAUUAUUAAAAACAGCUUAUUCAAAUCCUUAACAUUAACUUUAUUUAUAACUCAGUUGUAAUUCAAGCUUCAAGCUUGUACUUAAAAUGUUAUCAGUCACUUUUAAUGCUAUGAACUAUAUUUGUAGUAAUUUAUAAUAUGAUAGUUUUUUUUUCGAUUUAUGUUUAUUACAUAAACGUAAUAUGUUUAGAGUAAUUUUAUCCUAAAAGAUUUUUUUUCAUUAAGUACUUAUAAUUAUGAAUUUAAGAAUGAAUACAUAAAAAAAAUUGAGGACUUAAAAAAUUAGGUGGGUUAUGCGUUUAUAUCGUCACAAGAUACUCUUUAAUAAUUAGAAAAAAAUUCUAAAAAUUUUAAAAUAUCAUACUUUAAGUAUGUUUAUUUUUAAUUAUUUUCAAUGAAUCAGAAUUUGAAUAAAUUCAUUAUUAAAUUUUAAAAAUAUUUGAUAAAUUAUCGUCUAUGCAUGAAAAGCUAGGUGGGGCGCAAUAGUUGUCAACCACAGCAUUUCUAGACUCUGGUUGCGUCAUCGACAACGUUCCUCAGUUCUCACGCGUGAAGUAAUCCAGAAUUGUUGCGAAAACUCAUCGAAUGGAAAUAUGGAAUACAUAGAGCUACAAGUACCUACGCAUAUAUUAAUAUAUAAUAAUAUUAAAAUUUCUAUGAAAUUAUAUGGAAUAUUUUCGAAAUUUCAAAACAAAUUUUGUGAUUGAUUCUGCAAGUUAAACAUUAAUAUUUUUGUAGCUUUUUUAUUAUAACAUUGUCAGUAUUGUACAUUUGGUUUUACAUAGAGUAGGUGUAUAAUGUUAUGUCGAAUAAGCAGAUAUGUGUUCAAAGUUUUAACGCGUAGAUAAAGUUUCAAUGAUUAUUAAAAAUAAUAAUUUAACUGUUCACUAUAAUUACCAAAAUAGUUUUAAUUUUAAAAUAUCACCUUCAUUAAUGUAAAUAUAGUUAUAUAAUAUAUUCUUUUCUAACCAGUGGUGUAUUUACAUAAAAUUAAUUUAAAACCGUUCAUAUGGUUUGAAAAAAAAAUGUAUUUCCAUUACAAGAACUUUGAACAUCUAUUAUUGUUGCUGUUGUCAACUACAUAGUUUUAAAAUAAAUAUAAUACUGUCACCUGCCGGUAUUAAAAAUUAACACUCUUAAUUCAACCUUCAGUAAUAUAGUACCUAUUACAAAGUCUACAUUGAAUAAUAAUUAGUUGUAGUUUGAAAUCAUUUCAACUUUAUAAGUUUUAAAGUAUACAUAUUUUAUACUACAAUAAUUAUACAGAGUAUCAUAGCCGAUGACAAGACUAUGUCAUCGUCCUCCGAGGCCUUUCGUCAAUCGACGACAAAAAUCUCAACACUUUUGCAACAUUCAUCGAGUUUGACACCAAACGGCUGUAUGCUUCGAUGCCUAAUAUUAUAACAAAAGAUAUAACAACUGGCGAUAACACAACCGCUAUCCGGCAUCAUCGACUGCAGUUCCGGUACAACGGUUUUCGGCUGAAAUGCCUGUAGGCUGUUGCACGACAACGUGCAAAAUGGCAAACGACGAUAAACAGAAUAUACAUAACAGAAUAAUGAGGGCGUGGUAUGGCCAUGACGACGUAUGUUGGGCCGUAUCAACUGAUUAGUACAGUCGUUUUGCAGUCAGUCGUUGCUUGUUCUCGGAUGGCCCGAAUCAUCAUCGAAAAUCAUAUUGAUUUACAUAAAUAAAUAAUUUUGUUAUACAUGUUAUUUAAUUAAUUAGUUUUCGUUUGAUAUAUAUUUAUUAAUCAACACCAACACGUAAUUGUAAAAUUAAUAUAUGUGGCUUGUGAAAAUUGUGACUUCAUUGUAUAGAUGCUUCCGUUUUAGAAAGCGAUGGCGUCAAUAAAUGUUCUCAGACGGCCCGGAUGGAUGACCACUGACUUAUACCAAGAAUAAACUGUAGAAUGAUAAGCGGCACAGUACUUAAUUUAAUAUGUCCUUCCUAAUCCAACAAUCCCAGAAAAAAGUUUCUCUUCUACUGUUAUUAUAUUAUUUUGAAGGUGUAUAAAUUCUAUGUCGUAGAAACCAGUCUUAUACACUUUAGAUUGUCAUGUUUUCUAUUAUAGGUCAACAAAUAUUACAAUCUGUGAUAAAUAGGUUCUAGUGUUACAACUCUACUGUCUCUGGAUCAUCUAUUGAAUAACAAUAAUAUAAAUAUAUGAUAAGCAUAAUACUGAUUAUAUAUUUUUAUUUAUAAUUUUUUACGCUUAGUGAGUUUGGAACCACUUGGUUAGGUCAUCAAUUAUCAUUAAAAUGUCUGUUAUUAUUACUAACCACGUAAACUUCGUAUACAAAUACUAAAAUACCUAACAUAAUCAUGUGGUAGUAUAAUCAUUAUUGACUUAUCUAAAUAAAUAAUAAUUCCUUAUGACAGAGUUGUAAUCAUUCAUUUUUCGAUUGUUUCGGUAGUCUAAAUUAAUUUAAUCUAUAAAUAAAUAUUAGAAUAAACUUUUUAUUUAUGUAUGUCGAAAACUACGUUUCCGCAUUUAGUAUCCAUAAAAGCAUUUUCUCAAAAUGAAGAUCUUGUAUGAAAAAACUUUAAGAACUAUUUUAUACUUGUGCAAGUUUGUUGGCAUUAUUAACAUGUCUUACGUAUUACAAUCGGAUGGAUUAUUAAUACAAAACACAGACUCGUUGUAUAAAUGCCUUGAAAUUUCACGAAUGAUUAUAUUAAUAAUACUUUCGUACUCUAUAUAUACAAAAGCUGAGAUUUUUAAUAUAUUACAUGUACUUAAAUUAUGGACAGUCAUCAUUGCAUCAAGAAUAUCAGAAUCACGGUUAAUACAGUAAGCUAAACAAUACCUAUUACCUAAUACCUUAUUUACCACCAAUAAAUAUAGAAAUAAAAUAGUUUAUAUUUAACAAUUUUUUUUUUCCAAAAAUUUAGACCACAAAAUGUUUUUUUUUGUUUUUGUGUCUAUAUACAGCAUAAUUUGUCGAAAUAAUGCUGACCAUAAAUAACUAAAUAAUGACAAUAUUACAAAAUAUUUUCCACAAGUUUGGCUUACAGUAAUUAUAAAAGACGUUGAGCAUAAAAUAAUGAUUUACUAUUAAAUGAUCUAAGAACUUUGUUAUAGUUAAAAUUACUAGUCGUAGAAAGAUGAAACAUACACCAGUUGUUUAAAUUGGCAUAUUCUGUACAAGAUUUAAUUUUUAAACUACCUUUUUCACCACUAAAUGUAAAAUACAUAUUCUACCCCCUAGGCUGACAAUAAUAGAAUCGUUUAUCAUUGUAUCAUUGGAUUCAAAUUUAAUAAACAAAAUUAUACUUACUCAAAUAACAUCGUUGCUUCACACAUCAAACAACCAAAUAAUCAUUUUCAUAAACAUGAAAAUUAAAUGAAAAAAUAUGAUAUUAUAAUACAUUUUAAUACUACUGUACACUAACAUAAUAAUAAGUAUUUCCAACACAGCUUCAAAACAAAUUAAAUAACCGGUUUUUUACAUAAUAUGUAAUGUUUUUUGUAGGUUAAUGAAUGGUAUAAUUGAAUACGAUCAAAAACUAACAUCACUUCCAAGGUUUUUAUUAAUUUGCCAAUUAUCACCGAAGAAAAAUUAUUGGAACAUAAUUUUUAUUUUCACAUUGAUUUAUUAUACUGCAAUGACAUCAGCAUUAUUAUACUUAUUUCCACCGAAGUAUAUAGACAUCAUUGUUAUCGUUGUAUAUUUUAUUCCGUUAGAAUUUGUUACAGAUCUUUCAGUAAUAUUUUCCUCAUAUUUUUUUCUAAAACAAUUAGAGUAUAGAUUCAAAAUGUUAAAUUAUUCAUGGAAAUAUCUUCAACCUGGAUUUCUGAAUAUUUCUAGUGAAUUAACAGAUUCCAUAACAGAAAUGACGCUGGAUAAAAUGCGGUUGUUACAUGCCGAAUUGUCAGAUCUAUUAAGAAUAUUCAGUGAUGGUUACGGAAAAGUCAUAUUAGGAUUUUUUGUAUUAACUUAUAUUGAUAUGUUAGUUAUUUUUUUUUUUAUGAUUAAUUCUCAUAAAAAUACAAAAGAAAAAAAUAUUUUAACCAGUGUUGUACAAACAUUUUUACCAUACUGUUACCAGUUAAACAAUGUCAUAUGCAUUUUAUCCAUCGUUAUCGCUGCAUCACGUGUCCAUGAAAAGAAACGGAAGAUGAUAUCACAUUUAAGAUUAAUUAGAAUUUCAAAUUUAUCGGCUAAACUAAAAUUACAAGUUAAGUUGUUUAUGAAUCAAAUAACAGUUCUUGAAUCAAGCGAAAUCACAGAUUUUGGAGUUUUCAAUAUAAAUUUAAAUCUUGUUGUAUCAAUACUUAUAUUACUUGUAACUGGUUUUGUUACAAUAAUACAAAUGCAAGAACAUCCAACGUUGAUACAAUCAGGAAAAAAUUUUUAUAAUAUGUUUUUACAGAAUUUAAGUGACACUAGAAUUGAGUAACUGAAAAUGUAAAGUUACAACUCGUUUGUAUGUGUUUACCUUUUUUACAAUUCAUUUGCUCACCUAUGUUUUAGGUAUCUAUGUCAAAAAUUGCUAGUAUUAGAACACGUUUGUGCAUACUGAAUUGUACCAGUAGUUGUCCUAAACGAACUAAACCUCGUGUAUUAUUUUAUACCAAAUACCAAUUUCUUCCAAACUAUUGAAAGCAAAAUGUACCUGAUGUCUUAAAAACAAAUGUUCUAGUAUAAUAUUUUUAGUUUUUUUAUUUAUUAAUAAAAUCUAUGAUUUGAGUGUUAUUGUUUAGGUCUGAACGAUUGUUGAUAUUUCUUAAGUCCAUGUACACUAUUCAUAGCAACUUAUUAUUAUUUCUUAGAAUUUCAUUAAAAUCUUUUUUUAUAAGAAUAAACUUAUACAAAUGUGCUACGAACUUAUGAGGUAUCUUAAAAAUAACAAAUAAAUAGAUUCACAUGCAUUGCUACUCGUUUCUAAAACAAUUAAAUUCAUAGUACACAAACAAGUAGAAAAUAUCCCGGAUUUAUAUGCACUAAAAAGUAUCAAAAUAUGCCAUAUAAUAUGCAGUAAGAAUCAUUAAAAUAUGCAACAAAUAUGCAUUUAAAAAAUGUAUGUUUAAAUCUUCAAAGUUGUA